GCACUGAAUUAAUUAAACGACGACGAAAAAAAACGGAUCGUAAACUGCUGCUGCAAGAUGCAUCUCCAUCGAGUCGCAUUGAUUUUAGUGAUAGCGGCGAUCACGUGCGAAGUGUCAUGGGCCGACAUGCAAUAUAAUACGGCCGUGAUGGAUAUUCAUAUGAAGAACUGCAAUAGAGCCAAGAGAAACUCAGAAAACGUGGAUAUCCAGACGCUCGACGAAGAAACAAAGCAGAUAACGAAGAGGGACAAUGUAAUCGAUCCGACGAUGAUGGACACGACCAGCAUUGAUUCGUCGACAAUGACGGAUUCAGAGUCUCACGGUCAGCCGCAAAAGAGACAUCUGUUCAGAUCAAGAUACUACAAUCCAUAUUUGUAUCAGUACGGAUACGGGAACGGAUAUCCGUACGGGAACGGAUACUCGUACGGGAACGGAUACCCGUACGGAUCGCAAUACGGAUACGGAUCGCAGUACGGGUACGGAUAUCCGUUUAGACAUCGUUACAGAAGAUUUGGUCCGCGAGCUUACAAUCCUCUGGUAAGCUACUCGUCUCUGGAUUCUCUUUUAUAUGGAAGAGUUAACCCAUAUUCGCGUUACGGAUAUUAUUAAACCUGUACAAUUUUUCAUGUGUAAAAAAUUAGCUCUGCCGUGAGCUAAUUAUAUUCUUUUUUUUUUUGUAAAGAUAUAACAAAGAGCAGAGAGAGCAAUAAAACGAAUUAAUAAUCACACAAUAAAAAUGUUCUAAUCUA